UCAAGUUGAUCUGUCAAUCUGAAAAGACUGAAUCAGUUCCUAUUAAUUGAAUAUACUUCGAAAAACGUUUCACUUUUAAAAUGGAAUAUGAAAAUUCAUUGGAAUUAGUUGGAGCCAAAAAGCUACCUCGCCUGCUUGAAAGUGAACUUUUUUCGGACAUAACCAUACGAAUUGGGGACUCCUCCUUUCGUUGCCACAAAGUCAUCUUGGCUUGUGCCUCGGAGUAUUUUGAAAAAUUGUUUCAAAAAGAAGAUUCGAAAGAUGGAGAAUUGGUUGUGAAAGAUACUACGCCGGAACUGUUGAAAAUCAUUAUUGAUUACCUAUACAAGAAAGAUAUAGGCUAUUUGAAGAAUCUUGAAUGGGAAUCAUUAUGUUCCAUUCUAAAAUUGGCGAAUAUGUGGAUGUUAUCGGAUUUUGAAUAUCUAUGCGAAGAAUUUCUAAUUAAAACAUUUCGAGUCCUGAAACCAGAAGCAUUAAUUGAAAUAUUUAAAUUGUCCCAUCUUUUGAAAAACACAAAUUUAAUGGAGUCGCUGAUUAGUGAGAUAACCGAAAUCUUUGAUAAUUUUGAUCGUCUGGCUCCAUACGUCUUGAAUUUGGAAAUCGAUUUCUUCGUCGACUUUUUUUUAAUGAGUAAUCAGUUUAGACCUAUAGAACGUUUUACCGUGUUGAAUAGAUGGAUUCAGAAUUAUAUUUCCAAAAAUAAUGGAUUGGUGGUUUCAUCUCCGCUUCCUGAAAUUGACAAUAUUAAAAACUGUACAACGGACUUGGAGAAGAUCUCAUAUAUGUUAGGCGACAUUCGCUUUGAUCGAAUGACAUUAGAUGCAUUUUACGAAGGUCCUGCAAAGUCAAAUAUUUUGAGAGAUUCAGACAAGGUCGAAAUAAUUUAUAGAAUUGCCAAAUUGUAUCUACUAUAAAAGAUCCUUUAAUAAAUAAAAAUGA